AUGUCUAUGGCUCGGCUCUCCACCGAGGACAGUGAUAGGGAGUCCAAAAGGUCUAAGAAGGGGAACUCAUCUGUGCUAGGAUUCUCGGACGAGGGUAAGAUUGGAACCAUCCAACCCCACGACGAUGCUUUGGUAGUUACACUUAGGAUUGGAGGGUUUGACGUGAAGAGAGUACUGGUAGACCAGGGCAGUGUUGUGGAAGUAAUGUACCCUGAUCUGUACAAAAGGCUGAACCUAAAGCCCGAUGACCUAAUGGUGUAUGAUUCCCCUUUGGUAAGUUUCGAAGGGAAGACUGCCACACCAAAGGGACAGAUCAAGCUGCCCAUACAGACCAAAUCAGAGGUAGUGGAGGUGGAUUUUAUCAUGGUCAACGCCUACUCACCGUACACGGCCAUAGUGGCCAAACCUUAG